AUGGCCAGUCUAAACGCUGUUCUAUUGCCCAAGGCGGCAACCGCCUCUGCAUCAAUCACGGCGCUCACUCCGCGGGCCCUCGGCAGCAAGUCGCACAUUGCGCAGUCGCUGCCUGUUAGGUCUCCCGCAGCUCGCGCUCCAUCGCACGCGCAACUCGCGCCGCGAUGCGUGCAGGCGGCCGAGCCGCCGCUGACGGUGCCGAAAGCAUCGUCGAGCGCGGCGGAGCCGUGGUCGCCGGGCAGCUGGCAGACGCGCAAGGCGUGGCAGCAGCCAGACUACCCCGACAAGGAGGCGCUCGCCGCGGCGCUCGAGGAACUCGAACGGUGCCCGCCGCUCGUGUUCGCGGGGGAGGCGCGCGCGCUGGAGGAGAAGCUGGGGGAGGCGGCUUUGGGGAAGGCGUUCUUGCUGCAGGGCGGCGACUGCGCGGAGAGCUUCAAGGAGUUCCGCGCGGACAAUAUCCGCGACACCUUCCGCGUGCUGCUGCAGAUGGCCGUCGUCCUCACCUUCGGCGGCCAGAUGCCCGUCAUCAAGGUGGGGCGCAUGGCGGGGCAGUUCGCCAAGCCGCGCUCAGACCCCAUGGAGACGCGCGGCGACGUGAGCCUGCCGUCGUACCGCGGCGACAACAUCAACGGCGACGCCUUCACACCCGAGUCGCGCGUGCCCGACCCACAGCGGCUGGUGAAGGCGUACAGCCAGGCGGCGGCGACGCUGAACCUGCUGCGCGCGUUCGCGACGGGCGGGUACGCGGCGAUGGAGCGCGUGAGCAAGUGGGAGCUCGCCUUCAUGGAGAACCAGGAGCAGGCCUCCAGGUACGAGGAGCUGGCGAGUCGCGUGGACGAGGCGCUGGGGUUCAUGGCGGCGUGCGGGCUGACGGCGGAGCACCCGAGCAUGCGCUCCACCGACUUCUUCACGUCGCACGAGUGCCUGCUGCUGCCCUACGAGCAGGCGCUCACCCGCAUCGACUCCACCACCGGCCGCUGGUACGACUGUUCAGCGCACUUCAUCUGGGUGGGCGAGCGCACGCGACAGCUGGACUGCGCUCACAUUGAGUUCCUCCGCGGCGUUGCCAACCCCCUCGGCAUCAAGGUGAGUGACAAGAUGCCGCCACAGGACCUGGUAGAGGUGUGCCACAUCCUCAACCCUGACAACCGCCCCGGCCGCCUCACAGUGAUCGUGCGUAUGGGUGCGGAGAAGCUGCGGGAGAAGCUGCCGGCGCUGGUGCAGGCGGUGGAGCGUGAGGGGCUGGUGGUGACGUGGGUGUCCGACCCCAUGCACGGCAACACCAUCAAGGCACCCAACGGCUACAAGACCCGCGACUUCAACUCCAUCCGGGCGGAGCUGAGGGCGUUCUUUGACGUGCAUGAAGAGCUGGGCACGCACCCAGGAGGGGUGCACUUGGAGAUGACGGGGCAGAACGUGACGGAGUGUGUGGGGGGCACCAAGGAGGUGACGUUUGACGACCUGUCGUCGCGCUACCACACGCACUGCGACCCGCGCCUCAACGCCUCUCAGAGCCUCGAGCUCGCCUUCCUCAUUGCUGACCGCCUCCGACGAGGCCGUGGCAAGCCCUCGCUCUGGCUCGAGGGGUGA